CUAGUUCCCGUCAUCGCCACCGCGCACGUCUGUCUGUGUGUCCGCCUGCCGCUCCGCCGCCCGCACCAUGGCCAUCGACAGCUUCCUCGGCAAGUGGUGCCUCAUCUCCAGCGAAGGCUUCGAGGACUAUAUGAAGGAACUAGGUGUCAGUAUGGCCAUGAGGAAGAUGGGAAGUAUGGCCAAACCAGAUGUUUACAUCAGUAAGGAUGGAGAUACGAUCACUGUGAAAACAGAGAGCACCUUUAAAACCUCACAAUUUAGCUUCAAACUAAAUGAGAAAUUUGAGGAACAUACAUUAGAUGGCAGGAAAACUCAGACCCUUAUCACCUUAACUGAUGAUAACACAUUGCACCAACUUCAGACAUGGGAUGGCAAGGAAUCCACAAUAACUCGGAAAAUAGAGGAUGGGAAAUUAGUGGUGGAAUGCGAUAUGAAUGGUGUCAAAUGUACUAGAGUCUACAACAAAGCAUGAAGAUCACGUCUCUAUCUCUGCACUGAGUUGGACUUCCUAACAACAGCUCAGUUCAGUGAA